AUGCCUGGCCCUUACACUGAGGAUGAGAAACUGUACCUCGAGACCGUCAACCAGUUCCUCGCCAAGGCUGAUACACAAGCCCUACACGCAGAGAUGAAGAGCCUGCGUGAGACCGUCACAGGGUUCGACAGCCGUCUGACCCAGGUGCAGGAGGCAAACACAGAGCUUACGAGAGCCAACGAGAUGAUCCAGAGCGCCCAUGAGUUGCUGGAGACCCGUCUCAAAGAGUCCAUGGGCGUGAAUGACGAGCUGAAGACAAAGGUCGAGGAGCUUCUGCGUACUGUCGAGGCAACUGCAGACGUCAAUGCCGGCCUGCAAGCAACCAACGAGGGUCUGAGAGACUCAGUGGAGAGCUUGCGCAAACGCUUUAUGCUAGCACAGCAGGAUAAGAAGGGCUUCAUGACACUGCAAGGCCAGUUGACGCAGGUGCUGGUCCGCCUGGACGAGGCCGAGGAUGCCAUUGAUCAUGUGGCGAAGCUUGCUAGCCAGGGUGAGGACGAUACCUCCUCCGUGCACGGGCAGCGAUAUUACACCUAUGCUAACCAUAUGGUGCAAUUCGAAGGCCGUCCAGCACAAGAGCCUAAAAGACGACAGAUUGAGGAAUGGGGUCACGACAUGGAUUGGACCGAGGUUGCAAGUCCUCCAGAAAUCGCCCAUCAUGCUGAGUAUGACGACGAGCCAUCUGUGUCUCAAAAUUUCGAACAGCUCGAAUUCCCGUCUCGCUACGAGUUCGGGAUCCCUCCAAAGCAGAUAGUCUCGCCUCGACAGCAGCAGAAGCAGCAGCUUCUUGUCAGCCGAAAGCACGCCGAGCCUGUACGAGAGAUAUCAGGCAACAGAACUGCCACUAGGGAGCAGCCUGGGGCCCAGGAUGCAGAGCACAGCGGCAGCAAGAGACUCAGACUUGAGGCGAUCCAGAAGCACUGUGCCGCCACCAUACACGCAUUCGAAGCCGCCCCGCCAAAGAACCACCGUCGCUUUAUCUGGGCUUUCAUCAACGGGUUCAACGACCACGAGUUCUCCAUGUGGCUGCAGGAACAGUUGCUGGAGAACUUGCCACCUACAAUGAUCCGCCGGGCCUCGAUGCCGUUUCGAGAACACAACCGGAGAAUCGCGUUGACUCCUACAGUGACGUGGGAAGCUGUCCGCGAGGUGAUGAAACACAUACAGCUGGUUCCAUUUCUCGAAUGA